AAGGAGCGGGGUGCCAGUGGCGGCCCGGAGGACAAGGGGUGCCAGGAUGAGCCGGGCAACAACGAGAAGGGCGACUCCAAGGAAACGCGGCUCACGCUCAUGGAGGAGGUGCUGCUGCUGGGCCUCAAGGACCGCGAGGGUUACACAUCCUUCUGGAAUGACUGCAUCUCCUCGGGGUUGCGUGGCUGUAUGUUAAUCGAGCUGGGGCUGCGGGGACGUGUCCAGCUGGAGGCUUGUGGAAUGAGGCGCAAAAGCCUCUUAAUGAGAAAGGUGAUUUGUAAGUCAGAUGCGCCUACAGGGGAUGUUCUACUUGAUGAAGCUCUGAAACACAUAAAAGAGACCCAGCCUCCUGAAACUGUACAAAAUUGGAUUGAACUGCUCAGUGGUAAGACUCAGACACAAUUCAAGACUCAUUACCCAGUGCGGUACGUCUGUGAGCGGUUAGCUAAAAAUCUAGUGGAAAAAGGCGUACUGACAACAGAGAAACAGAAUUUCCUCCUUUUUGACAUGACCACGCACCCCCUCACCAACAGCAACAUCAAGCAACGCCUCAUCAAGAAGGUGCAAGAAGCAGUUCUUGAGAAAUGGGUGAACGACCCUCACCGCAUGGACAAGCGCUUGUUGGCGCUCGUGUACUUAGCCCAUGCUUCGGAUGUGCUGGAGAACGCUUUUGCCCCCCUUUUGGAUGAGCAGUAUGAUUUAGCCACCAAGAGAGUGCGACAGCUUCUGGAUUUAGACCCUGAGGUUGAAUGUAUGAAAGCCAACACGAAUGAGGUUCUGUGGGCAGUAGUAGCAGCUUUCACAAAGUAA